AUGGCGCCCGUGUUCCUGGCGGCCAGCGCCCAGCAGGGUGCCGUGACAUUCGGGGACGUGGCCGUGGACUUCUCCCCAGACGAGUGGGGGUGCCUGGACCCUGCCCAGAAGGAGCUGUACCGGGAGGUGAUGCUGGAGAACUACGGGAACCUGGUGUGCCUGGGACUCGAAGUUUCCAAACCACACGUGAUCCAGCGGUUGGAGCGCAGGGAAGCGCCUUGGAUGCUGCAGGGAGGUGGCCCAGGGAGCUGGGCUCCAGAUCUUACUGAAAAUAAUAGAAUACAUUUUAGAGAGAAACCUCAUGAAUGUAGUGAAUGUGGGAAGGUCUUCCAUCAGAGCUCAGAGCUCAUUCAACAUCAGAAAAUUCAUACUGGAGAGAAACCUUAUAAGUGUGUUGAGUGUGGGAAGUUCUUUCUCAGAAGGAGAAAUCUUAUUCUUCAUCAGAAAGUUCACACUGGAGAGAAACCGUAUGAGUGUAAGGAAUGUGGGAGAUUUUUUCGACAACGCACUCACCUUACAUCACAUCACAGACGUCAUACUGGAGAGAAACCUUAUGUAUGUAAUGAAUGUGGGAAGACCUUCACCCGGAGACAAAGCCUUAUUCUCCAUCACAAAAUUCACACUGGAGGUACACCAUAUGAAUGUAGUGAAUGUGGAAAGGCUUUCUGUCGAAGCGCAGGACUCAUACUCCAUGAGAGAAUUCACACUGGAGAGAAACCAUAUAAAUGUAAUGACUGUGGAAAGUUCUUCCGCCAGAGUUCACAUCUCAUAGUGCAUCAGAAAAGUCAUAAAGGAGAGAAACCUUUUGAAUGUAGUGAAUGUGGGAAGGCUUUUUGCAGAAGCACAGAACUUACUCUCCAUCAGAGAAUUCAUACUGGAGAAAAACCAUAUAAAUGUAAUGGAUGUGGGAAGUUCUUCCGUCAGAAUUCACAUCUUAUUGUACAUCAGAGAAGUCAUACUGGAGAAAAACCUUAUAAAUGUCAGGAAUGUGGGAAGGCCUUUAGCCAGAGCAGAAACCUUUUCCUUCAUUGGAGAAUUCACCAGGGAGAGAAACCUUUUGAAUGUAACAAAUGUGGGAAGGCCUUCCACCAGAGUUCACAUCUUACUGAACAUCAGAGAAUUCAUAGUGGUGAAAAGCCUUAUGAGUGUAACCAGUGUGGAAAGGUCUUCCACCAGAGAGCAAAGCUUAUUGAACAUCAGUCAAUUCAUACUGGAGAGAAGCCUCACAAAUGUAAGGAAUGUGGAAAGGCUUUCCGCCUGAGCUCACAACUUGGUAUACAUCAGAGAAUUCAUCUUGGAGAAUUCCUUCGUGACCUCAUCAAGUCUCCCGGGUCGGCGUUGCUCCGGAUCCAGAUGAUUCUCAGACUUGAGGCCGUCCUUGCGAGUCACCUCAACUAUUCCAACAGCCUUGACAAAGGUCCCACCGAGCUCCGGUGCUGGAAGGCCUGCGGCCUGGAGGAGGGAUUUCCCUUGUUUGGCCUCCCAGUCCUGGGGGGAGCUUCAGGGGCCCGAGGCCAAGAGGACUACAAGUCCCAGAAGGUCGUUGGCGAGCCUGCAGGGGUUGCCAUAGUGACGCCCAGGGAUAGGAAGUCGGCGCCGAAAGAUUGCGUCAUUUCCCCUUCUGGCCUCUCCGCAACCUCCGUGUUCGCGCCCGCUUCGGCUCAGCUCUGUCUGCUGUCUCUGCCGAGGUCGAGCCCCGCGUCUCGAGCCGGGCUCCAGGUCUGUGCCGAGGGGAGGGGCCCGAGGGCUACCCUGCGCGAGUCGGGCGUGCGCAGUCCGCCUCCGAACCUUCGUGGCCCCGCCCCCUACUGCCUCCAUUGGCUUUUCCGGGAGGGGCGCGGCCUGCGAACCAAUCAGAGGCGCUGCUACUCCUGGCUGCGCUCCUCCCCGGACCCACAUUUGUUCUCAGGGGAGGAGGGCGCCGGGGGCGGCUCUGGCCUCCCCCACUUUGGUGUCUCUCCACUGACUUAUUCUUCGUCACUGACCUUCCGGGCCAAGAGGAACAAGAGGCUCCCCCCAACCCCACGCGUCUCCCCGCUCGCGCCUUCCCAGACCGGGGGCCGCCUCUUCCGGCCCUCCGCUUUGCCCUCGUCGCCUAGGAGAGGAUUGGCUCCCCGAGUGGCGGCCGUUUGGCCUCUGGCCCGGUAA